UAGUAGCUUCGUGGAUCGAGUGUCCCAGCCUCGCUGCCCUACUGUAAAGUGUUUUUUCUUCUUCUUUCAGACGGGUCGGUUGGUGGCGGAUUUUCCUGUUGGACUGCUUUCAAUUCAAACCAGCCAGUGAACGCACCUUUCAACACACCUUUCACCAUUACCUGAAUGACGUCAUGACACCUGACACCCUCCCCAGCAGGUGGCGGUAUUGCGCCUAUCGCCUACUGCCGUUAAACCACCGAAGAAGAGAGAAGCGUUGUUUACUUCAUCAGCUGUUUUCCACUCGCUUUGUAAUCAUGGCUGAAUUUAACAUCGGGAAGCAUUGCCGGAUCGAUUCCUGCCACCAAAACGAUUUCCUCCCGUUCGUCUGUGAUCUGUGCCGCGGAAGUUUCUGCCUGGACCACAGGAGCAGAGAGGCCCACUCGUGUUCGGAGGAGCCGGUGAAGGCGGAGCCUCGGACGACUGGAGGAAAAAGUUAUCCGUGUUCGUUUCAAGACUGCAGAGGGAAGGAGCUGCUGCCUGUCGCCUGUCCGCAGUGUGGGAGACAGCUCUGUCUGGCCCACCGUCACCAAGACGAUCACGAGUGUGAGAAGUUGGAGGUCCAGAAGCCUCGAAUGGCCGCCACCAAAGAGCUGGUGCAAAAAAUCGUAGACUCAAAGGACACAUCUAAAGCUAAAGGACGAAGAGGAGCGAAGAGCAGCACCACAGCAGCUAAAGUGGCGUUAAUGAAACUGAAGCUUCAUGCUGCGGGAGACAAGGGGCUUCCACAGGCGGAGAGGACAUAUUUACAGGUUUAUCUCCCGAAGGACUCCAAAGCCUCGAGCCAGCCGAUGUUCUUCUGUUCUAAGUGGAGCGUGGGGAAGGCGGUGGAUUACGCAGCUUCUCUGGCGAGUCUGAAGAACAGCAACAACAUCCUGACAGCCAAGAAGCUGCGUCUGUGCCACCCUCAGACGGGCGAGGCUCUCCAGAUGGACGACACCCUGCUGUCCCUGCUCUCUCACCCAGAAACGCCCCUCUUUAACGGGGGAGACGUUGUGCUGGAGUACCUGGAGAACCAGAGCUCCGGCCUGGAUGUGUCCGACUACAUCAGCCAGGUUUAACUGACGUCCUUUAGAAAGUUCAACGAAGCUCAGCGUAAGUUAAAGCUUUUCACCUCAAUCUCCAGCCAAAGACUGUCAAUAAAUGUUCUGUGCAAAAAAUAAAGUUUCUGAAAAAACCCUUAAA